UCCAGGGAACGUUUCCCUUGUCAGCUCAGGACCUAGAUAUUGCUCGGGACGCUGGUGAGUAGUCACCUUCAGCAGCUUUUGGAGAGAGAGGGGCACACUGACACCAGCUUGGUCUCCAUACCCUCCAACUUAUAACAAUGACGAGGUGACACGAAGCAGACAGAGAGAGAGAGAGAGGUGGAUCAGUUGGAGUUUUUGCGAACAAUAAGACCUUGUGGGGGAAGAGAUAUGGGUCUUGCAGGUCCCAUGUGCAGCUGCUUUAUCUGGUUAAACCACAUGGCAAGUCCUUCCUAGAAGGGAGAAUUCAUUCUUAAGUGCUUUACCCUGGGGAGCUGAAGUGCCUAACACGGAGCAAGUCUUUCUUGUUUAUUUCUUUUAUAAACUUGAUUUUCUGCAGGCCGGCCUGACCAUCUCACUUGCUGCUGCUUCUGCUACAAAGAAGCCAAUAUUAGGCUGUUUUUAGUUACUCCUCCUGCCGGACUGCAGUUGCCCUUUCAUUUAAUGGUUUCCCAGACAAAGCUCUGAAAUCAUCUCGGCAAGAGACACUUUAAUUUCGGGAAAGAAAACUGGCAUCUGUGAAAAGGGAAAAAUUUUGCACAAGGACAGUUUGACCCCUAUUCUGAACUGAGGAUUAUGGGUUAAAGGGAAACCAUGGUGAUUACUCAGUUGGAGCUGGAGUUCUGCUUUCAUGGGAAGAAGCUGAGAGGAUUUAAGUGUAAACUGACCAGGUCGCCCAAUGGCUUUCUCCCAGAAACCAACUUGUCUAUUGCUACCCAGGUGUUUGUGCCUUUCCUUUUGGCAGGACUGGGCAUGGUGGCAGCUGGCCUGCUGAUGGACCGUGUUCAACACUGGGAUGUCUUCAAAACCAUCACUGAGGUCUUCAUUCUGGUCCCGGCUUUGGUGGGCCUUAAAGGCAACUUGGAAAUGACCCUGGCAUCCCGGCUAUCCACUGCGGCAAACACAGGACAAAUGGAUAACCCCAAAGAUAGAUGGACGCUGGCAGUCAGCAACCUGGCUUUAAUACAGGUUCAGGCCACAGUCGUUGGGCUCCUGGCUGCCAUUGCUGCAAUUAUCCUGGGUUCCUUGUCUAAAGGUUAUGUGGAACUGGACCAAGCUGCCGUCCUCUGCGCCAGCAGUGUUACAACAGCAUUCAUUGCAGCUCUGUCCUUGGGUCUGGUGAUGAUUGGAGUAAUUAUCGUUUCCAGGAAAGUCGGAAUUAAUCCUGACAACGUUGCAACCCCUAUCGCUGCCAGCCUUGGAGAUCUGAUCACACUGUCACUGCUGGCGGGCAUUAGCAGUACACUGUUCCGAUAUAUAGAUAUUCUGUAUCUUUCGCCCCUUAUCUGUGCCGUCUUCCUCAUCCUCAUCCCUCUGUGGGUGGCUGUGGCUAAACAGAGUCCAUCCAUUGCAGAGGUACUAAAAUCCGGCUGGCAGCCAGUAAUUGUGGCCAUGUCCAUCAGCAGCAUUGGUGGCCUAAUUCUGGACAAGACAGUCACUGACCCAAAAUUUGAAGGAAUGGCUGUGUUCACCCCUGUAAUUAAUGGUGUGGCUGGAAACCUGGUAGCUAUACAGGCGAGCAGGAUCUCCACCUUUCUGCACUUCUGGAGUAUGCCAGGCGUUCUGCCCUACAAAAUGAGGCAGCACUGGCCCAACCCAUGCACCACCUUCUUCUCUUCAGGUAUAAAUUCCAAGUCUGCCCGAGUUCUCUUCCUGCUGGUAGUGCCUGGCCACCUGGUUUUCCUUUAUGCCAUCCACCUCUUACAGGGAGGCCACGCUUCCCUCACCGUUCUCUUCAUCACCUUUUACUUGACUGCUGCUCUGCUACAGGUGUGUAUCCUGUUGUACAUUGCAGAUCUCAUUGUGCGCUUCAUGUGGAGAAGAGGUCUCGACCCUGACAAUUUCUCCAUCCCCUACCUCACUGCUCUCGGGGACCUGCUGGGGACCGGCUUCCUGGCUCUAUGUUUCCGUUUUGUCUGGCUCCUGACCGGCACAGAGAGUGAGCUCGGAAACUGAAGGACAGUCAAAGGUUGGGCAGAACUGUAGCAGCACUUUGAUCCAUGAGUUUUAACUGUAUAGUCCCAGCUUGUUCUAUGAGCUGCACUCUAUUAGCCAGGAAGGAUAAUACACUUGAUUUUUACUUUAUUUAUCAGCAUCAACCAAGUCUCAGCAAACCGGGAAACUGCACUGGAUUUAUGAUGAAAAGAUUAUAUUUGUAUAUAAAUCUAAUGCCGUUUGUUUACAAUAAAAUAACAGGAAUUCUGACGUCA